AUUCAAAUCUACGGCAGCGGCAUGGAUUCUGAAUCGGACGGAGAGUUCGAACGGUGCGUAUAUCAUGCCCUUCCAAUCAUCGGUUGUUGGAUCGGGUAAUUCGACUAUGUUUUCCAGCGUCUUGGCAAUAUGGUCAUGAUUGAACGGCCCUCUGAAGUGCAGUGGCGACUAUUUUAUUCAUGUUUGUGUUGGGCCAGUUUUCUGCAGGAAGAUGAAGACUCGAUGUCUCCUGAGCCGGCAAAGCGCAGAUCGAAGGCUGGUGGUACUUAUACAACUUCAUCGGCGUCUGCAGUAACUGCAGCAGCUGCUGCAAUGCUGGCGUCGUCGAGAUUGAGCAAGAGCCACAAAAGAACAAGUAAAAGCAAGAGCAAUGGCACAAAGAAAAGCGGCAAAAAGCCGUCGAAAACGCAGCUUUCGGACUCGGAAGAACCUCCUCCGAGUUAUUAUGACGACUACUCUACCGGACGAGGCGGUGUUCUUAAAGAUUCAAGUACCGAUCCGUAUGCGUUUGAUAUGACCUCGACCGCGUUUUCGACCACUCUAAAGAGAGAGAAGGAUUAUGAUGAGGAACAUGCAUUGAAGAAGAAGAAAAAGAAUGAUGAGCUUAAAACGCUGGCAAAGAAGGUGGCGACUAAGAGCGCGCCGAUCUCAAUGGAAGAUCGCAUCGCAGAGAUCUUGAAACGCACAGGGAGUGCUCAGUUCCAGGUCGACGAAAAAAGCGACGAAGAUGAAGUUAGCGACAAGGUUUCGUAUUUUUUUGUCAUUACAUGGAAGCUAAAAGUUGCUAUGUUAAUAAAAUUGUUUUGUCAUGCUGUGAAAUAGGAAAGCGAUGUGAAGAAGGCAACAGAGCCUUCCGCAAGAAAGGAAGAGGAAUCGCUAGGUACACGACAAGAACAGCAAAGCGGUAGCAAGAAUGACAACAAAAACAGUAACAUUGAUGCAGAACGUUCUAGCUUAUCGGACUCGUUGGGGGUCGUAUCUGCGGAUUUUGAGGUAAGUACAAAUCCCUUUGUCGUUUUAUCUGCCAUUUUGAAAAACAAAAUGAUUUAUGGGGAUGAUUCAGGUCCAUCUCCCACUUAAGCCAAUCGUCAAUCGAACACGACUCUCUCUCUCAAGCGAUGACAGUGAGAAUUUUGCUGUCAAUAGAGAUGCACUCAAUAGCGAACGCGCUACAGCAACGCCUCCACGCUACGAGCAACAACAGUUGACCUUCUUAAAAUCCGAACAAGAUGCCGAUAGCAUAACGGAGAGAACUGAAAUUCAAGAGCCUGAAUUCUACCUGUCGGCAAGUGCUGAGCAAAAGCCAUUAGAUGCUAGCGAUACGUUUGGCUACGGCGAUGACGAGUUUGAGGAAACCGAGAGGUCGAGACAAGAAGAAGUAAUCCCUGUAUCGGAAGACCAAGAGCAAAUUGCCGGUACAGCCCAGGACGAUGCGUCAGCAACAUCGGACGUGGAAUAUAAUGACGACUAUGAAGACGAUGCUUUUGAAGGUGAGCUUGCUUCUUCGAACGAGGCUCCGAGUAAUGCUCCGCAUGAACAUCCUAACAUCAUAGCACAAGAUGAUGCCACACCUGCUGUCAAUGAUCCUAUCGUCGAGCAAGCCUCAAAGAUUGAUGCCCUGCUCGCAAAGUAUGGAGACUUCUACACACAAGACAACGAAGAAGAGCCUGCAACACAAGAAACAUUAAAUGACAGCGCUGAACUAAGGCAAGAGACACAGGAAGCUUCGGAUCCAACACCAAGUUCAGUACCAACCAAAAAUGCUACCUCUGUCCCUGCUCCAAGCUCUACAACACUCGUGGUCUCGACUGGGAUUGCCGAAUCACCUCCCUCUAGUCCACCACCUCCACCUCCUCCUGCAGAUGAAGAUUUCGAGGAUCAAGAAUUGCAGAAAUUUUCAUUAAAUGCUCCAGUGAUCGGGUCCAAGGCUCAAGUCCAGUCUGCAGUACAGCAGUCCACAUCAACAGCGACUACGCAGUAUUUGCGACCUCUUUCAGCUGCUGACAAGUUCCGUCGGAUAGAAACCCAAGUUGCAUCACUGCACUUUAUUCAGCCUGGUGGUACCCCAAGUCUUACGGCAGCAGAUUCUCCUUCAGCUGAGGGUGUGCAUCCUGUUUCCUCCAAUUUUUUGGCCAGCUCCCGGGCCUCAGUUGGUGCACCACCUCCUUUCAUCGAGCCCAUCGCAAUUUCAUUUGAUGCGGGUCUUCUAACAGAGGAUGAUGAUACACAACGUGAGAUCGACGAGUAUGUACGCAGCUCUCAAAUUUUACGACAAGAGAAACGCGUAGUCGCGCAACGAGCCAGCCUCGCAAGAGAGAAUGGACUUGUGUUACGUCUUCAGCAGGCCCAGCGUCAGAUUCUUCAGUUGAAAGAGCAUAUCCAGGCUACAGCGAGUGAGACUUCUCAACCAGGACGUGACAGUCUCAAUACAUCGAAAGCACAAGCAGAUAAGCUGGAUUCUGAGGACAUUCUGGCUGCACGGGGCGAAUCUUCUCAUAAUAUUUCUCAAGCUGCCUACAGAAAAUUGCAGCAAGAGAUUAAGACCCAGGAUAACUUGAUCGCGGCAUUUCAGAAGGAGAAUGAGCGUCUCAUGGGGCAACUCAAGCAAGUGCGACAGGACGUUCAUUACGAUGUCCAUAAAGCGAAUGAAGAACUGCGUCGGCAGGUUAAGAAGUUACAGGAUCAACUUGGAGAAGUAGCAACUCUCGGUGGUGGUGGAGAUCUAACCAGCAAGGCUCAGUACCGCGUUGCAGUGGAAGGUCGACUUGAGGCGGAGGCGCAUGCUAUGGCUCUCCAGGAAGAGCUUGCUGGUGUUCGAUUAUCGUACCAACAGAAGCUCAACGAGAUUACACUGGAGCUUGAUCGUGUGAAGAAGGCAAAGGUUGAGCUUGAGUGUCGCUACGAAGGCGUUGACUUGACCCAAGUGGCUCAGGAAGCUCAGCACGCUCAACAGCUGCAGAGUGAGUUGGAACUAAGCAAGAAAGAGCACUCUCAUGCCUUGGCUGCACUCCAGAAGAAGCUGGACUGGUAUGUGGAGAACCAGAGAUUACUCGACCAUCAGGACGAAGAGUUACGACGUCUUCGUCGCCAAGUUGCGUCCCAACCUCUCGAUCCUACGCCAUCGAAAGAUCAGAAAGUCCACGCAUCGCCUGCUCGAUCACAUCGUCGGUCAUCGAUGGACAUUCGACGCAUUCAGGAGCUUGAAAGUCGACUCGCGGAACUGGAAGAGGCUAUGAGACGACGACAUCCGGACAGCUUGGCGAACCUCAUCUUGGCUUCUCGUCGUGCAGAUGCAGAGUCCAAGACACGUGCACUGGAACAAGACUAUCAAGAGAAGCUAGCUGCGCUGUCACGUGAGCUCGAGCAAGCGCAUGAAUCGAACGAGACCAAGUUGGCGAGCUUUCGUCAGCAGCAAGAGAAGUUAUUGUUGCAGUACAAACGCAAGAUCAAAGAUCUGGAGAAGCAACUCAAGCAGCUCAGCAAGGCUCCAUUAUCACACCGACCUACGUCCAAGGACAGUGUUACGUCUGAGGCGGAACUGACGAAGAUACGAAGGUUCUACACUGACAAGAUCAAAGAGCUCGAGCGCAAGUGGGAGGCCAAGUAUCGAUCUCUGCGCAAACAACAGUAUUCUGGACUGAGCAGCAAUCAGCAAGAAGGUCUCACGUAUGCUGAUUCUACUGUAGUGAUUGCAAACUUGCAACGACAGAUACGCGAGCAGGAGCUGGAAUUGAAGCAGGAGAAAGCUAAAGUGGAGCAGCUUGAGGCGGAAAUUCAACUGGCAAAUACACCAGACGACUCGUCCGCGGUGAAAGAUGGCAAACAAAAGGAGCUUGAAGACCAAGUUGCUGACUUGAAGGCGCAGUUGGAAGACAGCGAGAGUGCUCGAGCCAGACUGGCACAAACGUUGACGACUGUCCAAACUCUAGGAUUGGCUCGGGCGCUCAACUCCCAGCCCACAUCAGUGACAGAGAGCUCUAUAGUGUCUGAAUCUGCAGUGUCCAAGCAGAUAGAAGCAGAGCUAGCGCAGCUGAAGCAUGACUCGGAUGCAACUCGAGAGACUUUAAACAGCGAGCGAGAGACUGCUACUAAGGAAAUCGAUCGACUCAAGCAACAAGUUGCAGAGUACAUUGAGAAGAACGCCGCUCUGGAAGCUCAGCUUGCAGGGAAUCAACGAGAGAUGCAAAGUCUUGAGAAGCUGGCGCUUGAAGCGGAGAGACACAAUCGGUCUUUGGAAGCACAGGCACAGCGUGUACCCGACCUAGAAGAAGAGGUUUUAGCCUUACGUCGCGAACUGCAGCUGCCUCACACACCUUCUAUGGUGCAGUAUAGGUCAUUAGAGCUCCAAGUAGCAACUCUGGAGCAGAAGCACAAGCUGCGCGAGGCUGAGCUCAAGGUGGUGCUGGAUCGUGCCUUGACCUCAACUCACCUCGAGCAGCUUAGUCGCGAACGUGCCCAUCAAGCAUCGAUAGCGGCCAAGAACGCCGAGAUCGCCUCGUUCAAGCUCCAACUGGAGGAGAUUCUCGACGAACUAGCACAACUGCAGCAGCCGUCCUCGCCUCGGUUGCCCUGUACUAAACCACUCAACCAAUCUCAAGACAACGAAGAUGUGGCAUGGUAAUUAAUGACAAGUUUUCUGUUGGCAAAGCAUCUAUUGGAGCGUACGGUUAAAUAGCUAAAGCACGGGGGACUGGAGCCUCUCCAAGUCUUCAGCACAGGAGCUUGUUCCUUGAACCCGUGAAAUGAAUUGCGCUCUUUGUCCUGCCCGUUGUAACUGUCUGCUGCCUUAGGUCAUAGAGUCGAUGAGAGCGCUGCGCAUGGUGGUAGCAAUGCUGGCGGGCUGCGCGU